CAUCAACAAUAAUCUCCAAGAGCUAAGAUGGCUUUCUUGGCAUUAUCCUCCUUUAGAUCCUGGAAUGGCCAACUUACACUUGAAAAAUCUAGCACUUUUUGAACUUUCAUACAAUGACAACAUCGAUAACUGGGGUGGAUGGAACAUUUUGAAGAUGGAAAACAAAUUGAAAGUUCUUUCUCUCAUCGGUUGUGAUGGAUUGAAACAGACUCCAGACUUUUCUGGAUGCGUGAAUUUGGAUAUACUAUCUCUUAAUAGCUGUUCAAACUUGCAAGAAGUUGACUCCUCUAUUGGGAAACUAAAAUAUCUUACUCACUUGCAAAUUUAUUCGUCUCGUUUACUUCGUAAGUUGCCUAAAGAGAUGGGAGAACUGGUAAAUCUGAAACACUUUUCUAUUACGGGGUGCUCCAAAAUCAAGAAACUUCCAGACAUUGAGAAAUUAAUAUUAUUGUUUGAGUUGGAUAUAUCACAAACAAAUAUCACAAGUUUACCUGAUUCUAUUGGUAAUGCAAAGAACCUAUCAUCUCUUGAUCUAUCAAGCACCUCAAUUACAGAACUUCCAAUAUCUAUUGGAGAGCUUACGCAACUCAAAUUCCUUUCACUAUGUAAUUGUGAAAAUUUUGUGAAGCUUGCGGAAUCAAUAGGUAAUUUGACAAUGUUACAGAAUUUGGAUCUCUCAGGUACACAAAUUGUUGAGUUACCUGAUUCGAUAAAAAAUCUCAAGCAAUUGAAGGUGAUGAAGAUAAAAUAUUGUCCAAUAUGGAGGUUGCCUAUCGGUAUUGGAAUGCUAGAGAGCUUGGAGAAGCUCAGUGUCCGAUAUUGCCGACAACUUGCAGCGCCGACGGCAAUCAAUUCUCUCACGCGACUCCAAAAGCUGGAUUUAUCAUUUUGUGAUAAUGUUCAAGAGUUGCCAGAACUUCCCUCGAGUUUGAAUCAUCUACGUGUUCGAUCGGCAUUAUUGCAGUUAGUUCCGAAUCUCAGUAACCUCACGAAUCUUGUGGAUUUGGAAUUGUCCAACAACUCUGGACAAGCACUUGCCCAGGCAUCAACUCUUCAAUUGCAAUGGGUUGGGAAGUUAUCUAAGCUGGAGCGGUUGGAGUUGUGCCUUUCAGAUCUUCCUGUGCCGUCAACGGAGUUGGGUUGCCUACCUCAACUUAAAACACUCACCUUACCUCGCAUGGAUAGUUUUGACUCGGUAGUCGUUGGACCACAAUUUUCGCACUUGAAAAAUUUGUCCACAUUGCAUCUUUGUCACUUUGUCCACGAGGAAAUUCAACUAGAUGGGCUUGAACUAUUGGGAGAUUUGACGUGA